UGCAGAUAGAAAGUCGCAAACAACAGGAAGGACUUCGGAGUGUAGUUCUGACAGUUCAUUCAUCUUUGCCCAUUAAGUAAAAAAACAACAGUUCACUCAUACAUUCGCGUUCAACACACUCCCUCAUCGUUACGUGUUGAGAAAAGAAGAGAUCCACGGAGAGUGGUCCUUUGGAACACAAAUAAGCUGACGAAAUGUGCGAGAUCGACAGGAACCUUGUACUGGUAGAUGAUAGUCGUUGAGAGGCAGUGGUGAAAAUUUUGCAAAAUGUUAUCCUUUACAGGAGUAUUCAUCGACGGAUAUCGAAGUGUUUCCUGGUCAUGGAAGGACUUAUUUUCUCGGUUCGGUACUGAAAAGAAGUAAUUUGCCGUCCAUUCUGUUGGUAUAAACAGAUAGUGCGUUUUGGAAAAAAGUGACUAGAAAACAAAAUCGUCUGAGAAAUUUUGAAGGGGUUUCGGGUUGCGGGGGUGUUUAAAUACUGCUUAAAAUCGACACGAGAAAAUUGUGAAAAUGUCUACAGUUAGUGAACAGAAUUGUGAUAGGCAGUUACAAGCCGAAAUCGAAGUACUGAAAAACGCGCUGGCUGAUAAACAUUCACAGCUUUUAGCCAUGGAAAACGUGUGCCUGCAGGAAAGCGAUCGGCAGGUCGAACUCGAGGAUAGCAUUAUCGCCUGGCAGGACAAGUACGAACGGCUGUACGAGUCCCACAAGCGCGUCCAGAAGGUUAAUCAAAAUUUAGAAGAUAAACUGCUGAAGCUGGUCGAUCGGAACUCCGGGGAACGAGCACAGCUAACCAGUGAUGUGGCCACGCUUAGCGUCCGGCUUGCACAGGCAAACUAUAACAUUCAGAGUCUGAAACGGGAAAUUGAGCGGUACAAGACAGACAUGAGCGUUGCUAUCCAGCUGUUGCAGUGCAAACCGGAUAGUUUCGUUUCACCAAAGCUUUCCUCGCUUCCAAUUGAAAUCCAGUCGAAGGUCGCCACGUACAUGCGUCUCGAUACUAACUCGCAUUCCGACUCGGAAGGCAGUACAAGUGGAGUUGGGGUGGCAACUGCCAACUCAUACCACGUGCUACCGGCUUCCGACAGUCCCCCGCCAAUGUGUCCCUUCCCACCAACUGCCAUGGUUUAUUCGAUGCGAGGACUAGACGCGAACCAGCCUUUGUCGCAGGACACUGGUGGGCUCGGAGCAGGAGGUGGAGGAGGAGGUGGAGCAAUGGUUGGAAAGAAUCAGCCCCAGCAGGACGCGUUGUCGCUAGCCAACAUGAACAGCGUCGACAGUCUGCUUGGCGGCUCCGGCAAGGGCAUUCGUGGCGACCGCAAUGCCUUAUCCCCAUCGAUGAUGGCAAAGUUCCUCGAAGACGAGCUGAAAUCCAGUGAGGCACUGCUCAACUCUCCAGCUAAACAUUGUGAAACUUGCGUUUGCACCAGCAGAAGUAGCACCUCGCUGACAAGUGGAGCACUGAUUUUAGCUGACCUACUAGAAGACGGACAGAAGCAGUACAGCGUCGGAACUCAAACGGUCAUUAAGGGAGAGACCAACAAUUCAUUGUGUUUAAGAUGUAACAAUAACCUGAACUCGCCGUCCCACAACAACAGUCCGUACAUUAUGAAGUUGAUCAAAUCCAGUGACAGUGUUAUAUCGGAAACCAAGAGUAGUGUGUCGGAUUUUCUUACAACGCCGGAUAAAACUUCACCAAACAACGGUAGUAAUGGUGGGCAAAUUCCCCUGCAACCCACCAAAAAAGACGAUUUGAUGGUGAAUCCGAUUCUUGGCCAUCAUCGCAUCAGUGACAGAUCAAAUGGAAAUUAUAACAGCACUUCACCGAGCUCGGAGCAACCAGUACCAUCGACAACAGUUCUUUUGGGUUUGACAAAAAGCAACACCAUGCCAACUUCAGGUGCUGGGAAACAACUCCCAGGAGGUGUGGGUAAGAAACCUUUUGAUGUUGCUAAGAAUAAAAUACAAAACUCCGCGGCGAACUCAUUAGUCGGCAACAAAUACAGUAAUGAUUCGCCUUCGUACAUUAUCAAGGAUAUGGAUCAGAUGAGUGGCAGUCUGCAAACUCCCAAAUCGGGUGUUGAUGGUGGGGGAGGCUUGGAACAUAUCGGUGGAGCGAAUAAAACGACAAGCAGUGGAAGGGGUAGUAAUAUGUACCAUGCCGUCGGUAGUACUAAUAGCUUAUGGAGUAGAACUAGCAGCAGAGAUCCGGAGCGAGAUGGUGCGAGGAUUUUCGAAAACUUCAAUCGGAAUCUCAUCAAAACAAUUAAGGCCGAGAAUCCCAAAAUGUCUGGACCCAGAAUCUGUGCAUUGAGGAUUCAGAAUGGCUCGAGUAACAUCUUGCUCGAUAGUUUACAAGAUGACGAUGCUACUGGGAGUGCAGAACAUCUGUUGGAUAGUAAACUGACAGCUCCAAUAAUCUACACUCGGAGGGCCAAAUUCCUUGAUGAAGAACUUUUACUGGACGAUGAUCCAUCGAUCGGUCUGAAUGGUGCAAUCAAAACGACAAGCCUUCCGACUGCAAACUCUAACACUCUACCAAACGUGGGAACUAUAGGAGAGGGUAAACCUGAUGGAUCAAUUGCUCCUGGAGUAAUGAGUGAUGGAGUUGGAACAGAAGAGAAAAAUAAUAGUGAAAAGGUGGCAUGUAACGAUAGUACUGCUAAAGAUGUUUGUCACAUGAGCACGACAACUUCUCCUCACUCAUCUGACCGUCUCUGCACAAUAGGCGAGGAAGUAAAUAAUUUACUGCUGAACACAAAAAUGACUUCCAAUGUAGUUUCUAACAAACCAAGGUUAGAUAUCAAUGUGAAUAAAUUGGAUGGAAUAGACAUCACUUCGAAAAAAUCCUGCACUCACUCAAGUUCGAUUUCAAGUGAAAUAGACAUCCAGGAAAGUGCAAUACUCAGACGGCAGCAGCUGUCGCGUGUAGCAGAAUGGGUACAGAACAAUUCUAAGCUAGGCCAUCCGGAGAACCUCAGUAAUACGGAAUCUGAUAGCGAAAACCUUGCACUCGCAUCAAGCGCUUCGCUUAUCAUAGCUGAUAGUAUAAACAAUAAUGGACCCAGCAAAGGAAUACAAAUCGUUGAUACAAAAGGCAUUUGUAGUAACGACUCAAAACUAGUAGCUACUAAAAUUAGUCAUAGUACCAACAGCAUCAAUAUGGUACAAUCUGCACCCAGCGAAACCAUUGUUAGCCAAACAAAUUCCUACAAUAAUAACUUUAUCCACAACAACAGCAGCAACAUCACUACCGCUAGCAUCAACAACACAUUUGCUCAAACCAACAGUAUUAAUACAACUGCAGUUGGAAAUAUCAGAGGUCGCAGCAUCGCUACCAUUAAGUCAGCUGUUGCUAAUAACGUGUAUUUGGAUUACAACAGUAAUAGCCAUAUGCUAGAUAGUAAACUUUCGCUACUCGAUUGUUCCAGGCAUCAACCACAGCAGCAUGAAGCGACAUUCCAGCAGAAUCGAGACGGAUGUCAAGACGAUAGCAGUAGCGUAGAUUUAGCUCAAAUGGAAUACAACGUAAAACAGUUUUUGUUGAAGCAGAAUGAGUGGUCAUCCAUCACGCGGAGAAUACCGUCUCCUACCGCUUCCGGUACAACCGAUCAUCAACAGCAGUCGCAAGCGUCGAUCGUAGAGGAACCGACGAAAAGAAUAAACGCUUCAGGACUACAGACGAGAAAUCAGCUAGCUAGCAGCAAUGGCUGGAGCUCCGAGGGAGCGAUGAAGGGAAAUUUUCCCGGUACUGCCGUGGCACAAACAACUCAGUUCCAUUUAAAUAAAUACACGAUUAACCCGCACAGGACCGAAACAAACUUGUAAACCGACGGUUGAUAAGGCUAGAAUAAGUAGAUAAAUGGUAUUCACGAGAAGGCAAUUGCCGAUGCUGAAUUCAACAGCUUUCGAAAAAUAUGGUAUGUUGCCGUUUUCUUGACUCUUUAGCUGCCUUCUUACUUCAUGUCCAUAAGUACAACCUGAAGUAUAGUACUAAAAUUUCGAUGCAUUUGACGUAAUUUGUAUAGAUUUUUUCGUCCUGAAUUUUUCUCUGAAUUGUUCGUAGUUUUUUAUUUCCAAGCAAUGCACACUGGGAGAAAAAGAACCCAAAUUCCCACUAAUUAGAAGCCGCUGGGCUGGCAACCCGAAAUAUAGCAUUUCUUAUGUAAAAUUUGUCGAAAAAUCAAUUGGUGAUAUUUUCCAUCUGUGCAGGGCACGGGAAAGGGUCUAUAUUUCCAAAAAUACACAAAAAUAGGGUGGAAAGAUGCAAAAUCGACCAUUUCCCGUGCCCCGCCCAAAAUGAAACCAUCGCCAAUCGAUUUGUUGACCAAUUUUACAUAGGAAAUGCUAUAUUUUAGGUUGCCAGCUCAGCGGCUUCUAAUUAGUGGGAAUUAGGGCUCAUUUUUUCCCAGUGUGCAAUGUGCUGCCUUAUAAAAUCAGGGAUGCAUUUUGAUAAUUCUGUUUUCUGUUUGUCUGGCCACUAGUCACCAAAUUCUAUUAUGGUUAUGAGUAUUGUAAUUCGUGAUUUUCCGGUUUAAAGUCUGACGAUUACAGGGAAUGUUACUAGCUGUUACCAAAUUAAUGCUACGCGAAGCUGUUACCAAAUAAUGAAAACAUUUUAUUAUAAGAGUUUUUUUCUAACAUGCAGAUCGAAAAUUAAGAAUUUAAAACCACCCAACGAAAUUAAUUAAAUUGCAAUUUAUACAAUUUUCGACGAACUCUUUUUAGAUUUGAAAAACGUUAAAAUGCAUCAACAGGCUUACCAGGAUAAAAUAAUUUUAUUGAAUAUGCUUAUUCCAUUUUAACCUUGGUUUAGAAAAUGUUGCACCCAAAAUUGGCAGUUCCCUUUACGUGAAACCGAGAAAACAGAUUGCAAAAGGAAAUUAUUAGGUUCCAUCAAUCAAACGUACGCACUCGCCUGAUAUCUGAAUUUUGUUACGCACUGAAAACCACGCUGGAAACGUUUCCUUACUAAUAUACAUAAGUACCCUUAUUUGAACUGUGUUAUUGAAAAGCCAAAUAAAAAGAGCUCCAUUUUACAAAUGAAAAGCAAAAGCCUCUAGCUAGUCAAUGUUAAUGUGAAAUUAAAUUUGAUCUGAUAUCGUUUUUCGGUAUAUGUGAAUAAAGCAGAAUGCAGGACUGGGUCAAGCACUAAUUAUCAUACGCGUGCGACGUGCCGGAAGAUAGAUUAUCUUUAGCAAAAAAAUAUUGCUGUUCAGUUUUAUCAUCCUUCAGAUGUGUAUGUCAAGAAGUGUCAUCCCUUGGAACAUUACCUGCGCUAGACUGGUCGCCCUCGCAAUGAGAAGUGGAGUGAAAAAGCGCCAGGGUAUCAGAAGUAAAUCUCAGUGAAGGCCUUUUGAAGAAAAAGUACGCAAAUUGGAUGUGAAACAUUUAGUCCAAAAAGCAUUCAAGCAACUGAUAAAGUGUACCAAAUGUAAUAUCCAAAUAUGUACCCAAAAGAAUCAAUCUAUUUAAUGGAAUACAUCAUAGUAUCUAAGAGCUGCAAAUAUUUAAAUAUUAUCAAAGCGCCUUUCGACGCCCAGCCAGCGUAGACUGUAGUGUGAUGAGUCGUAGUAGGAUUAGACUUUGGUUUUGUUUCGCUGCGAAUCUAAUUAAAUAGAGAAAGCUAAACAAACAUCGCCUCUGCGGUGAAGCUUCUGAAAUAGAACGAUUAGCACUAACAGAUCGUUAAUCGAAAAAUGUUCAGUGAAAUAAGUGAUGAGCUUCGCAGCGGGAUAAGAAAAAAAAACAGCAUUUAUGAGACUUGAGUUGCCAAACACAGUGGGUUAAAGGCAAAGAAAACUACCCUCAGUUUGUUGCUAACUGUAUCGGAACUUGAGUAAACUACUUUCAAAAUUAUGCAACUCUCUACUGUAUGAAAAGGAGAAACCUAUCUACGUGAAAUAUGAUUAGUCUUAAUACAACCAACUAUACAAUCCUAUACUCUUCGGCUAUCGCUAGUUGACCUAUUGAUAAGUGAAGCUUAUUUUGGAUGGAACAAUUUUUAUUUACAAUCGCAGAAGGACUAGACAGAGGUAGGCAUAUUGAUAGCGUAAAUUGUCACACGACACGUAUUACGGAGACAGACUUUUUUUUCAUUUACUUGACUUCCACUCAAAUAUACAAUAAAUCGAAAUAUUUCAAUCGCGGCAGUUCGAGAAAAUGAUACCCAUCAUCACACUUCAAUUGCAAGAAACAAAACUUAUUCAUUUAAAAAAUGUCUGUCUCAAUUGUACGCAGUCUUUGGACCACCUUUUUAUCUACUUGCCAAUUUGGUUUUGAUCGCUUUCGAGCUUGUAAUGCGUUCGUCUAUUUAUAAGAAUGCUAGUGCUGUAGAGUAUCAAAGUAAAAUCGCGUUAGCUAAUCUAAGACUAUACUUGUUUGAUAGGCUUGUGUUGUAAACAAUCGUUGCUUUUAAUUAUUACCUAUCAGCUGAAACUCAAAAUCACACAUUUACACACAUAACUGUAUACUACUCUCAUCUCGACACGUCAGCGCUACGCUUCAGUGUAACAUUACAAUCGUUGUAAUAUUUGUAAUACAGACAUGCAAAACCAAA